AUGAAAUUCACAUCCUUAAUACCAAUCGCUUUAGCUGCAACUAGAAUUGUGGCUCAAGGGAGUACUGUGAUUGUUGGCUUUACAACAACCAUCAUCAAUCCUGAGGAGCCAGCCGGUGGGGAACAGCCAACUCCAGCUCCAACACCACAAUCGCCAACUGGAGUAAUUGUAACUCCCACCAAUGGUGGAGGUACAGGUGGGGAAGAAACAACAACCGCUACGGAUACAAACACUGGUGCUGGUACUGGAACUGGAACUGGAACCGGCACAGGCACAGGCACCGGCACUGAAGGACAAGAGACUGUGACAGUUACUACAGAUGUUACGACUGGAACAGAGGGAGCUGGUGGAGCUGGAGGUCAGGCAAACACCACCACCGAGCACACCACUGCUCAUAAUGAGACUACUACUCACACUAACCAAACGGGGACAGGAACUGAAACUGUGGGCCCAACCGAAUCUCCAGCCACUGUCACCAAUGGGGCUGUCGGCUUGGCUGCUGGUGCUUCAUUGGGCUACCUUGUUGCUCUUUUGUUUGUUUAG